AAGUGUCAAUGACCUCGUCUCCCCCGUGUCAUUCCCUUGUGGAUGAGGUUCAUUGCCAUUUCAUCACCACUCGCACCCCCCUUUUGUUCACUCCACGAGCGCCAAAACCAGCUGGCUCCCUCCACGCCCAAUCUGAUGCGCGUCGCCUAAGUCCUAACUAUCCAUGGAGCGAAACAAAAUCCCCUGUCAACAAAACGAAAUCACGCGGAAACAUCGUCAAUGUCCAAGACUUCCAAGUCUUGGUCGAAAGUUGAAAGUUGAAACUCUCCUUUGGUUCUUCAUUUCUAAAACCCUCCCCAUGACUGAGCCAACUCCAUCCUCGGAUUUGUGUUUCAGCGAUUUAUCAUCCGAGUUGGAUAACCUCCCUGCCCCGUCCAUGGAUCCCCUUUUUUUCUCCGACAACAAUCACGCCAUGCCUUCUGAAGCAUUCGCAUCGGACCUUGAUUUGGCCAUGGAAUUCGGGAACGAUGGGGAUUUCGAGAUUUCCUUCGAUGAUCUCGACAAUCUCUAUAUUCCUCUAGAAGUCGAUGAUUUCCUGAUACCCAAUGACUCUGUGCAAUCGCCUGCAUUGCAUGAUGCCGACUUGAAUGUCGAUGAUAAGCAGUUGAGCUACAACAGUACCCAUUUUGAGUCACCGGACUCGGAUACUUCAGGUUCGGGAAAUCAGAUUUCUAAUGUUUCGCAGUUCCUGAAUUCACAAUCACCUGAGUCCGGUAGUUGCCACCGGGAGCUUUCUGUGGCACACUCGGCGGAUACUUCUGGUGAUCAGGACUCGCACCAUUCACUGGAUGGUAAGGUUUCGAGCUUUAAAUUGCCAGAUUCUGAUUCUUGCGAUCGGGAGUCUUCUGGUGGUCCCGUUUCAUCUCACGGUUCAGGCAACGGUAUAGUGAUGAAUUCACCUACACUGAGUUCUGACUGCGACGACAGAGACAUUUCUUCUCUUGGGAUUGCUGGUCAGAAUAGAAGAUUGGGGGAAAUGGGCAAAAUUUAUGAUUUGAAAAGGAAGAAGCAGCACAAUGAAGGAAAUACUGAGGCGAGAACGACGAAGUUUCGGAAGUCAUCGAUGCCUAUGGAUAAUACCAGUCAGCAGUCUGAUCUCAGUGCCCUCGACGAAGAGGACGACAAAAGGAAGGCUAGGCUGCUAAGGAAUCGGGAGAGUGCCCAGCUCUCCAGACAGAGAAAGAAGCAUUAUGUGGAGGAGCUUGAGGAGAAGGUGAGGUCAAUGCAUUCUACCAUAACUGAUUUGAGUAGUAAGGUAUCAGUUAUUAUGGCCGAGAAUGCUACUUUGAGACAGCAAUUGAGUGCUACUGGAAUGUGCCUUCCGCCAGCUCCAGGGAUGUAUCCGCAUCCCCCGAUGGCACCCAUGCCUUAUCCAUGGAUGCCGUAUGCACCCUAUGCAGUCAAGCCGCAAGGUUCUCAGGUUCCUCUGGUUCCAAUUCCCAGGUUAAAGUCUCAACAAUCACAAUCAGCUCCAAAGGCCAAGAAGUCCGAGAAUAAGAAGCCUGAGGGAAGAACUAAGAAGGUUGCCAGCAUUAGUUUCCUGGGUUUGUUUUUCUUCAUAUUUCUUUUUGGUGGACUUGUUCCUCUGGUCAAUUAUAAUUUUGGAGAUUUAGGGGACAAUAUUCCCGGUAGGUCCAUCUCUAUUGCUGAUAGAUUUUAUAGUCAGCGCGGAGGAAAAGUUUGGGAGAUAAUUGGUUAUAGGAAUGGAUCUGAAGGAGAUAGGACAGUAGGAUUCUCUAGUAGGAAUUUGAGUAUUUCUGAUAGACUAAUAUAUGAGAAAGGUCGCAAAUUAGAAGAAACAUAUAAACAGCGGGAUUCCCCAUGUAGAACAGGCUCAGAUGGCUCUGUUCAUAAGGGCAAUGCUAGCGAACCAGAGCCUCUUCUUGCUUCUCUGUACGUUCCACGGAAUGAUAAGCUUGUGAAGAUUGAUGGGAACUUGAUAAUCCACUCUGUUCUGGCUACUGAGAAAGCGAAGGCAUCUCAAACUGUUCAUUCAGAGAAUAAUAGGAGAGAAACUGGAUUGGCGAUUUCUAAAGAUUGGGAUUCUGCUCUGGCUAUUCCUGAAGUUGGAAGAAACAGAGAUUCACAUCCUCACCUGUAUAGGAGCCCGCCUGAACAGCGGAAGGCUCUUGCCUCUGGUUCAGCUGAGACUUUGAAGGACCAUUUAAAGUCAACUGCGACUGAUGGUAAAAUGCAAAAGUGGUUCCAUGAAGGCCUUGCUGGGCCAAUGCUAAGUUCUGGGAUGUGCUCAGAGGUUUUCCAGUUUGAUGCCUCACCAACACCCGGAGCCAUAGUUCCAGCAUCGCCAGUCGCUAAUGUUUCUGCAGUUAACCCCCAGAAUGAUACAAGCAUCAACAAGAGCAGGAAUAGAAGAUUUCUUGAUAGGCCUCCCAGUUCCCUUGCCAGAUCCGAUCGCAACCCCAGUAAAGAACAUGGAAGAAAUUCCCAGAAUGAGGACCUCACUGGUAACAAGUCAAUGUCUUCCAUGGUGGUUUCGGUUCUUGUUGAUCCCAAAGAGGUGGGAGAUGGUGAUGUGGAUGGCAUGAUGCAACACAAGUCACUUUCUCGGAUUUUUGUGGUUGUGCUUAUAGACAGCGUCAAGCAUGUGACUUACUCUUGCGGUCUCCCGCGCACACCUCUCCAUCUCGUGACUGCGUGAUUUGCCUACGGAUCAAAAUCCUUUGACCGGCAACAGAAUGUUUUCAAUUGAGAUCUAAUAUGUAAUAUCUAACUCAUGCUUCAGUUUCUCCAACAAGUCAGAAUAAGAGGAAAAUGAGGGAAACUGAGCUCCAAUUUUGUACAUAACAACGUGGUUCUGUUCUACUGUAGUGUACUGAGGACAAGACCUUUACGUGUAGAA